CCGGGGCUCUGACUCAACAGCAUUGAGACAUGUUUCUAAUCGCUGGCGUGCCCUGCGCUCAAGAUCCCAGCGAAAUCAGAUUUCCUGACGUCCGUUGGAACAUUAAGCCCCGGAGUUGCUUUGGGCACUGCUGGCCGUGCAAUGCCUUCCAGGUUCUUUCUCAUGGCUCUGGCGGCCCUCCUCUCGGUCGCCCAGGUGGUCGUAGAGGCCAGCUCCUGGUGGUCGCUAGGUAUGAAUAACCCUGUUCAGAUGUCAGAAGUAUAUAUCAUAGGAGCGCAGCCUCUCUGCAGCCAACUGGCAGGACUGUCUCAAGGACAGAAGAAAUUGUGCCACUUGUACCAGGACCACAUGCAGUACAUCGGAGAAGGCGCCAAGACGGGCAUCAAAGAAUGCCAGUAUCAAUUCCGACACCGGAGAUGGAACUGCAGCACGGUGGAUAACACCUCUGUCUUUGGCAGGGUCAUGCAGAUAGGCAGCAGAGAGACGGCCUUCACCUACGCUGUGAGCGCUGCAGGGGUGGUGAACGCCAUGAGCCGAGCCUGCCGCGAGGGCGAGCUGUCCACCUGUGGCUGCAGCCGGGCUGCGCGCCCCAAGGACCUGCCCAGGGAUUGGCUGUGGGGGGGCUGCGGCGACAACAUUGACUAUGGCUACCGCUUCGCCAAGGAGUUCGUGGACGCGCGGGAGAGGGAGCGCAUCCACGCCAAGGGGUCCUAUGAGAGUGCCCGAAUCCUCAUGAACUUGCACAACAACGAGGCGGGCCGCCGGACGGUGUACAACCUGGCCGACGUGGCCUGUAAGUGCCACGGAGUGUCCGGCUCCUGCAGCCUCAAGACGUGCUGGCUGCAGCUGGCAGACUUCCGCAAGGUGGGCGACGCCCUGAAGGAGAAGUUCGACAGCGCGGCGGCCAUGCGGCUCAGCAGCCGGGGCAAGCUGGUGCAGGCGAACAGCCGCUUCAACUCGCCCACCACGCAGGACCUGGUCUACAUCGACCCCAGCCCCGACUACUGUGUGCGCAACGAGAGCACGGGCUCCCUGGGCACGCAGGGCCGCCUCUGCAACAAGACCUCCGAGGGCAUGGACGGCUGCGAGCUCAUGUGCUGCGGCCGCGGCUACGACCAGUUCAAGACCGUGCAGACCGAACGCUGCCACUGCAAGUUCCACUGGUGCUGCUACGUCAAGUGUAAGAAGUGCACGGAGAUUGUGGACCAGUUCGUGUGCAAGUAGUGGGCGCCCACCGGCCCCACGCCCAAGACCCACUUAUUUAUAGAAAGUACAGGGAUUCUGGGUGGUGUUCUUUUUGAUAUUCUGUUUCCACACCCCCCCCCUACAACUGAAACCCCUCUACCCCUCCUCCCCUUUUCUCUGCCCCUUCUGUUCCUCUCGAAGAACUCUGUACUUUAUUAUUAAUAUUAUAAUUAUUAUUUGGCAAUAUUGUGGGGGUAGGGAAGCCAGAAGAAGUAUUUAUUGUGUCGAUCUUUUAAAAGGUAAUGCAAAACCAAUUUGGAUGGCAUCGGAGCAGGGGAAUCGCACGCACAGUCUGUGCACCGCGCAGGGCUUAUGGGGCGCAUCCAGACGGUACAGGAAGCCCGGGGACUGGUGUGGAUCGGUAGGAAGAGGCUGGACCGCAGGGGACAGAUCCACGCUCGGUUCAGCCUCGGCGACCCCAAGGAACGGUGGAUGCCCUGCGGAAUGUACAAGGUCCCUCUGGGGUCUUGAGAAAUAGCAGCAAGAAAAUGAGAGAGCUUCCCAAGGGGGCCUGCCUGCCUGCCUGCUUUUUUUGUGUUUUUCAAAUGGUGGUUUAAAAUGUUAAGAGUAAGAAUCUCAUCGUCCUGGGCGAGGGCCGGGGAGCUGUCGUACAUUCCCACCCUUCAGCAAAACGAUGAUCCUGCUCUGAUAGACAGGGAAACUUGGACAGUAGAGAGAAACAACCCCAGAAAUUAAAAAAAAAUUUUUUUUAAGAGGAAAGGGAGCAAGCAACAAACCUUCCAAUAUCUCUGUUACGACAGCGACUUAAACCGUGUCAGGAACCCUAACCCUUCCUGUUGGAGAAGAACCCUCCCCCCCCAAGGAUUCUUGGUGCUAGACUUCAUGUGGGGGAGAGGCGUCGGCUUGGUUAUAUGAGAAAACAUCCUGUAAUGUCAACAGGAUGCUUGGUUAAUACAUGAUAAUACUGUAGUGAAAAGGACCCCGAUUCUAUUCACAGUUCCGCAGCCCGGGCACCCAGCGACUGACAAGCCACACAGCUCAUUACUGCCCGGAGCAGAAGAGCUGGCUGACAAAGAAGUUCCGUUAGAUCCGCUCUCUGCCCUUGACCCGCAAGCCUCCUCUGACUCCUCCUGGCUGGGCUGCGGGCCCCAGUUCCAAAGGGCAGCUCUCCACGGGCCCCUCCAGGGAGGAGAAAUGAAAGCUUAGGAGUCCACUUGGGAAAUAGUUCACUUCUUUGGGGGGUGGGGGGGUCCCCUAACACUUCUUGUUUGAGGAUCAGUCCUUUUCUAUUUUAUUGUACCUCCAGGACGAGUGGGGUUCAGAGAUGUGUAGCAGCCCCUCACACCUUGUUCCUGUGUUUAGACUAUCCACUUGAGCUUUUCCUAGCGUACUGCAGGUGUACCCCAAACUGUUCCUAGUGUACCGCAGGUGUCCCCUAAACUUCCUAGUGUACUGCAGGUAUACCGCAAACUGUUCCUAGUAACUGCAGGUGUACCCCAAACUGUUCCUAGUGUACCUGAGCAGUUACAUUUAUAAGGAGGGGAAAUGUGGUCUAAAGGUGCCUGAUAUCUCAGUCUUUUGUACAUAGCACAUAUAUAUAAUAUACAUAUAUAAAUAUAAAUAUAAUUCUAUCUCCGUGCGUCCAGUGACUCACAGUUUACUCUGGGGUUCUCUCUCUGUCUGGGAUGCCCUGGCCCCUUCUUGCAAUCCAGGUGGGAUCUUUGCUGCCAGUGUUCCUGGUCUUUGCCUGUCAGUUGGGAGUCUGAUGCCUCCCUCGUCCCUGUCUUGAGCACCAAGGAGCAGCCCAAUUUGGGGGAGGCAUCUUGAAGGUGUGGCUCUGAAAGGCAUGUUAGUUUGAAGAUGUGUUUGGUCUUCCCUGUGCCCCCCCGCCCCCCACAACUUCCUACUGACCCCCUGUUAUUCAGCCUCUGUGUCUAUAUACUUUCCAGAGAGGGCAUUACUGGUUCGUCAGAGACGUGGAAACUAAGACUGAUUCAAAACUCAGAAGCAUCGCUAAUGUGUUUUUUUGUUUUUCUGUGGUUCCUUCAGCACAGGGGACAACGGUGGCGCAGUGGUGAAGUGCUGGCCUGCCGCCCAGGGGUAGGCAGUUCAAACCCACCCGCUGCUCUGUGGGAGACAGGUGUGGCAGUCUGCUUCCACGGAGGUCACUGCUGCACUCCAUGGGGCAGUUCCGCUCUGUCCUGGAGGGUGGUGGGGUCAGGGUUGACACCACAGCAGUGGGUGCAGGCGGCUCAUUAAAGUGACAGCUAGUUAUUUGGGUUUCAUUUUUUUCGGUUUGUUUAAAGCAGGGACACCUGUUUACCACAGUGGCCAUCGUGUGUCCUGAUGUGUGCCUUCUGACCUUGGAAAGGUGCCCAUCGGUGGCGCCCAGCCCCCUCAGCCGCUCUUAACUUAUUGCACAAGGCUACCCCGCCCCCGCCCCCGUUGCAGGGAGUCGCAAAAGAUCUUGAAAUUAAAAAGCACUAACCAGCUUCAAGCGUCACUUUUUUGGUUUUUAUUCUACAAAAACCAGGAAGAGGUGGUUUUAGUUUGCUAAGUGAGAUUUUGUUUCUUUUGAGUAAUUCCUGUUGAUGAAGAGAGCUGAGUUUAACAACCUUAGCUUUUAAGAGAUACUAUUUAAUGUAAAAUAGUCUACUUGCCAUUCAGAUAUGAUGUAUAGCCUCUGUGGCCUUUAUGCUGUACUUUUAAUGUACAUAUUUCUGUCCUGUGUGAUGUGUACAUUCCACUGUUGUUUUUUUAAAAACACACAUUGAAAGGCUUCUGCCUCAUGGAAGAUAGAAUAUAAAAUAAAAUGUUCCUUGUCUCUUG